AUGAAAGUCCUUAUUUCUUCUGAUAAUCACAUUGAUGAGGUGGUGGAUCAAGGAAUGGAUGACACCUGGCGUUUCACGGGUUUCUAUGGAGAGCCUGAAACUGCCAGCCGGGAACAUUCCUGGAAUCUACUCAGAGAUUUGAGCCACAGACAUAGUUUACCUUGGAUAUGCCUUGGUGAUUUUAAUGAGAUACUUAGACUUGAAGAAAAACAGGGAUGGUUGGAUCAGCCUGAAAGACAGAUGCAAGGGUUCCAGGAUGCAUUGGAUUAUUGUGGAUUUAAAGAUCUUGGAUUUAAUGGAUACCCUUUUACAUGGUGCAAUAGAAGACCAGGAGACCAUAAUGUUUGGAUCCGUUUGGAUUGUGGGGUGGCAACAGUGGAUUGGUUUUUACGGUUUCCUACUUCCCGUAUCCAUCACUUAGAGUGCUUUCAUUCUGACCAUAGACCUAUCCUUCUCAUUUCAGAUGCUAAGCAAAAAAGGUUCUAUAGAAAGGGGCAGCCAUUCCGAUUUGAGGCAAUGUGGCUCAAAGAUAGAUCUUGUGAGGAUGUGGUGAAACAAUCUUGGGAAGCAAUGUGGAAGCAACGUUCUCAUAGUGAUUGGUUGAAGGAGGGAGACCGCAACACUCGCUAUUUCCAUUGUCAGGCCAACCAACGGAAUAAGCAUAAUUUUAUUGUGGGGUUGGAAGAUGAGUUUGGUGUUUGGAUCAAAGAUGAAGAUCAAAUGGGCAGAUUGGCAAGUACUUAUUUUGAUACUAUGUUUACCACAUCAAAUCCAACUGGCUUUGAUGAGAUUUUGAAUGGCUUAAUUCCUACAAUAAUUGAUGAGAUGAAUAAUAGCUUAAAUAAACCUUGCAAGGCUGAAGAGGUUCUCAAAGCUCUCCACCAUAUGGCCCCUCUCACAGCUCCUGGCCCCGAUGGUAUGUCCCCUAUUUUUUACAAAUCAUUUUGGCAUAUUGUUGGUAUAGAUGUGACAGAAGUAGUUUUGACAGCUUUAAAUUCUGGCACUAUUCCAGAUUCUAUUAAUUCUACUUUUAUUGCACUUAUUACCAAAAUAAAAGACCCUAAGAAAGUUUCAGAUUUUAGACCUAUAAGCCUUUGUAAUGUGGUCUACAAACUCAUUGCAAAAGUGUUGGUUAACCGUUUGAAGCUGAUUUUGCCAUAUGUAGUAUCUGAUUCACAGAGUGCUUUUCUUUCGGGAAGGCUGAUUACUGAUAAUGUGUUGGUUGCAUUCGAGACACUCCAUUUCUUGAAGCGGAAGACCCAAGGCAAAGAUGGCUAUAUGACUCUAAAGCUUGAUAUAAGUAAAGCUUAUGACAGAGUGGAGUGGGAUUUCUUGGAAAGGGCAAUGUUGCAUUUAGGGUUUGCUGGAAGUUUUCUUGCUACUAUCAUGUCAUGCAUCAAGUCUGUUUCAUAUUCGGUUUUGCUCAAUGGGGUGCCAGGUAGAACUAUCAAGCCUAGUAGAGGGCUAAGGCAAGGUGAUCCGUUGUCUCCAUAUUUAUUUUUGCUAUGUGCCAUGGGACUUCAAGGCUUGCUCCACAAAGCUGAAUCUGAGGAAUCUGAGUGUCAGGUAAUCCUUGAUCUUUUGUCAAUUUAUGAGAGGGGUUCGGGCCAAAAAAUAAACAAAGAUAAGACAAAUAUCUUCUUCAGUUCUAACACUCACCAUGAUGUCCAAGUCAGAAUACAACAUUUGUUGGGUGUUCUAGCUAUCAGGCAAUAUGAGAGAUAUUUGGGGUUACCUGCAUUUGUGGGGAGAGCAAAGAGACAAGGGUUUGCCUACAUUAAGGAGAGAAUUUGGAAGAAAAUACAAGGUUGGAAGGAGAAACUCCUAUCUCAAGCAGGCAAAGAGGAGAUUGAGGUCAUGAUCCGCAAAUUUUGGUGGGGCUGCCAUCGUGAUAAUAAGAAGGUGCAUUGGGUAAAGUGGGAGAAACUUUGUCAAGCUAAAGAUUGUGGAGGCAUGGGGUUUAAGGAGAUUGAGAAGUUCAAUGAUGCUUUGUUGGCCAAGCAAGUUUGGCGUAUGUUGAAAAAUCUGGAAUCACUUUGCCAUAGAGUUUUUAAAGCUCGAUUUUUCCCGGAUUGUUCCAUUCUUGAAGCUAAUCCCUCGAUUAAUGGGUCGUAUGCAUGGAAGAGUAUUAUAAGUGCAAGGGAUGUGGUGCGGAAAGGCAUGGUUUGGCGGAUAGAUGAUGGUAAAACAAUGAGUUUAAAGGAGGACAAGUGGCUCCCGGAUCAAGUUAGUAUUUUGAUUGAUAAGGAGAAUGGAACUUGGAAGGAGGCUGAAAUUAUGCAUAAUUUUCUGCCUCAUGAAGCGAAGAAAAUCAUGAGCAUUCUUCUUAGUACCAGACUGCCUCAAGAUAGCCCCAUAUGGUCAAAAACGCCUUCGGGUAUUUUCUCAACUCGAAGUGCUUACAAGCUGUUGGUUAAUGAAGCUGCAACCAACAGCCUAAGUGGCUCAAAUCCACACCCCCAGAGACAUCUUUGGAGAGGUGUUUGGAUGCUACGAACCCCAAAUAAGGAUGAUUAUAGGGUGGAGAUCUUUGCUAUCUUAGCUUGGUUGCUCUGGAAUCGGCGAAAUUCAAUUCAUUUUAGGCGUCUAGCUCGACCUCUGAACCAGAUCUUCUCUGAAGCUGCCAAACUCCUACAAGACUUCCUUGAGGCUCACGAUGAUGAACCAGUCAUAGCCCAAAAUCCAAUCCAGCCUAAAUUGUUUGCCCCUGCACGGCCAUGGUACAAAGCCAACUUCGACAGAGCUCUGUUCAAAAGCUCUAACUCUGCUGGUUUGGGCGUGAUCAUCAGAGACACUAAUGGCGCUGUCAUAGGUGCGCUUUCAGCUCGAGUACCACUUCCUCAGUCCGUGGCAAUGGUUGAAGCUUUAGCUUGUAGGCGCGUUGUCCAAUUUCCUGUUGAGAUCGGGUUACACGAAGUGAUAUUUGAAGGUGACGCAGCAGUAGUGAUCAAUGCCAUUUCAAAAGGAUCAGCUAACCAAUCUUUGUAUGGUCACAUAGUUGAUGAUGUUCUUGGCCAAGCUUCUCUUUUACAUUUUUCUGAUUUUUGUUAUGUUCCUCGUUCAUGUAAUUCAGUAGCUGAUACAUUAGCUAAACGUGCUAAAGCAGGGCCUGAGUUACAAGUUUGGUUAGAGGAUUGUCCUGAAGACAUUAUCCCUCUGGUUUUGGGUGAUGUAUCUUGA